GAUUUUUGCACUUUUAAAAAACAGAGCUCCGUGCCUGGAGGCAGGGAUGAAGAAGACAUAAAAGAAGAGUUGCCCGUUGUGGUACUCAUUGCAUUGCUACUGAUUCAAAUACGAAUUCUAUACGCUCGAUCAAUUCCUUCUCCGCCAUUAACGCCGGGCAAAGAUAAUACUUUGAUUGUUGGAGACUGGAGCUGGAUAAGAAAAGGAUAAUAUAUGGAGGGCGACGCAGGAAGAGGUUUGGGAUGCCAGAAGAUUAUGGAUGGGAAGGAGAAUAAUUCCAUUGGAUCAGCCACGGCUGUUCUCCCAUCUUGUUGCUUGAAGGCUAGGGCCUGUGAUGCAGAACCUGAAGCUAUAACUCACUCGACCGUUUGUUCUGGAUGGUUCUCUGAACGUCGCUCACCAACUGAUGAAGAUGCCAAGGUGUUGUAUUAUAACAAUCCGAUGUGGCCAGGAGAAGUGCAUUCCAUCAAAGUUGAGAGUAUUCUAUUCAAGGAGAAAUCAGAAUACCAGGAGGUUCUUGUGUUCGAGUCUUCUUCAUAUGGGAAAGUGCUUGUUCUAGACGGCAUUGUUCAGCUGACUGACAAAGAUGAAUGUGCAUAUCAGGAGAUGAUUACACAUCUGCCCCUCUGUUCAAUCAAAUCCCCAAAAAAUGUUCUUGUUGUUGGUGGUGGUGAUGGGGGAGUCCUUAGGGAAAUUUCCCGUCAUUGUUCAGUGGAGCAUAUCGACAUUUGUGAGAUAGACAGAAUGGUUAUAGAUGUCAGCAAAAAAUUCUUUCCAGAGUUAGCUAUAGGCUUUGAGGACCCCAGAGUGAAACUUCAUGUUGGUGAUGCUGUGGAAUUUUUAAAGCAAACCCCUGAAGGCAAGUAUGACGCGAUUAUAGUAGAUUCAUCGGAUCCUGUUGGUCCUGCGCAAGAACUGGUAGAGAAACCAUUCUUUGAGACAUUAGCUAGGGCAUUAAGACCCGGUGGUGUUCUUUGCAACAUGGCAGAGAGCAUGUGGCUUCACACACAUUUGAUUCAGGAUGUAAUUUCAAUUUGCCGCGAAACAUUCAAGGGCUCUGUCCGGUAUGCAUGGACCAGCGUCCCUACGUAUCCAAGUGGUGUUAUCGGGUUCUUGUUAUGCUCAACUGAAGGCCCACCUGUUGAUUUUUUGAACCCAAUAAAUCCCAUUGAGAAGCUUGAGGGAGCCCUCCAAUAUCGCCGCCAACUAAGGUUUUACAAUUCUGAGGUUCACAGAGCGGCAUUUGCCUUGCCGGCUUUCUUGAAGCGAGAGGUGAGCUGUCUGCGAGAUGUCCCCGGGGUACAAAUGAAGUAAUUUGAUUCUUUGCUGACCAAUCUCUUUCCAUGAUUUGGAACGCUUAUUAUGACACUUUAGAAAAAUAAGCAGCAUAGAUUUGCUGCAAUGACUUGAUAAUAUUUGAUGUGUUGUUUGGAUUGUCAUUUGUCAUGUCUAAGUGUUGAUUUAACUAUAAUAUUUCAUGAGCUCAGGGGGGAAAUAUUAGAGUGGUGCCAUUUGUGAAUACUUAUUUCAUUAGACCCCAAAGAGGCUUGGCACAUGGGAAAAGAAGACAAUAAUCGAGGGACGCCAAG